CAGCAUAAGAUCCCGAGGCAUAGGGUUCAUUUCGAGGAGGUUUGUAUGUCUUUGAUCACCGAGGAUUGUCCUGUUGAAGGUUUUAGCUACAAGGUGGUCCGUGGGGAGUGUGUUUCUUAUGCGGCGCAUAGUAGUAAGGUGAGAGUGGAGAUUUAUUCUUCUAAGACCACCACGUGGAGCUACUCUGAGCUGGCUUGCAAUGAGGCGGUGUCUCUCACUCCUUGGACUGCAGGGAGAGUGAUUAAAGGUGUGGUGUAUUGGCACGCCACGGGAGGUAAAGUUGCCAUCUAUGACACAGAAGAUGAGGAGAAAAGGAUCGAUGUGAUAAAGCUUCCCAAGACGUUUAACUACGAUGAGCAGGUUCUGGGAGAAUCCUCUGACGGGUGUUUGCAAUACGGAUGGAGUAAUAAGUCUGUGAUGGAGAUAUGGAAGCUGGAGAAGGUAGGCGAGGUUCUUGAGUGGACCAUUCAGUUUAAGGUGAAUUUCAAGGCCAUGUGGAGGUUGAACCCGGUGGAGUAUGCGAGGUUCAGCACUAGGACUAAAGAGACGCAGCUGCUUGCGUUCUUCAACCAAAACUCGGACUCGGUUUUCAUCAGAUGCGACUCGCACAUCUGCGUGUUUGACACGAAGACUCAGAGGGUUGAAGAGGUUCAGUACCAAGGACGUGGGUCUUCGUUCGUUUGGGAUUACUGCAAAGUCUUGCCUUACUUUCAGCUAUCUUGGCCUUGUUCUUCUUCUUCUCUGCUGGAAGAAGGAAACAUCUGAAGAUCGAAACUGUGAUGUCCCUUUCCGCAGUAAUAAGUAGCUUAUGAUAAUAAUAAUAAUAAUCAGUUAGUGUGUAAGCCUCUAAUAUCAUUUUGUUGUGUUAUGGCCAUUGGAUUAUAUGGGCUUUGAUGUUUUUUGUUUGACCAUUGAUGAGCCUCUCAUGGCCAUUGAAUUACUGUUUAGUUAUUGAAAGAUUGUGCAUUUUGUAA